AUGGCAGAUUCCGGGUGGAACUCCAGUCGCAUGUCAUGUCCAAGCGGCAGCAACGGGGCGGCAAAGUUGAAGCGACUGCUCACGCUUCCGGGAAACCGCCGAUGCGCCGACUGUGGCGCCCCUGAUCCACAGUGGGCCUCCCUCACGUUCGGCUCCAUCUUUUGCAUUCGCUGUUCGGGAGUGCACAGAUCGCUGGGCACUACGGUGUCGCGCGUGCGGUCUCUGGAGCUCGACCGCUGGACCCCGGCCCAGGUCAAGAGCCUCAAGACGCGCGGUAAUGACUUGGUGAAUGGCAUCCUCGAGAACGACGUGCCGUCCCACGUGCACAAGCCCACCCCGCGCUCUUCGUUCGAGGAGCUGACGGCCUGGAUCCAGGCCAAGUACGUCGAGCAGCGAUUCCGGCCCACGCCCAAGACCGCCGCGGAGUGGGCGCGGUUCGAAGCAGAAGACGCCCGGCUCCUCUGCGAUUCGGCCAUCGGCCACAGUCCGUGGCCUGCCCGCCGCGACGCCCGCCCGGAGGCUGCACACACUGCCCAGCCGCAUCAAGUCCUGCGAUGA